AUGACCAGACCAAAUUUGUUUCUUGCCUCUUUUGACCAAUCUUGUUUCUUGCUUUCCUUGCAGAUGACUGCUGGCAAGCUGACUCCAGAGACUCAAAGGUGGGUGCUUCGAUUAAAGGGCCGCCUGGGUCGCCUGGUGGCAUCUCUAGUGUCGUUCCCGUCUGGCAUCAAGGCGCUAGCAGUCUACGUGCACAGCAAGGGGCUCAAGCUGGGCCUCUACUCCGAUUCUGGGAAGCGCACGUGUGCAGGCAAGCCAUGGUCACUCGGGCAUGAGGCGAUAGACGCCCUCACCUUCGCUGAAUGGGGAGUGGACUAUGUCAAAUACGACACCUGCUACGACGAUGGAACUCCCACCAAGAGAGGGGGACAGGACACCUCUGCACUGUGGGCGUAUGGCGUGGCAGAUCCGUGGCGCACAACCCUUGCCAUUGAUGACACGUGGAGGAGACUUGGACAUUCUGCAAAUGGAGAAGUUCGGCAUCGGACACUCGACUUACCAUGUGCACUUCAAUCUCCUCCCCACUCAGCUAUCCUUCCUCCUACCCACAUUCUUCACCUCGCCACCCCCGUGCCUCCUCCUGUAUCAGACUUGGACAUUCUGCAGGUGGUGAAGCUCGGCAUGGGAGAGUCGGUGUACCAUGUGCACUUCAAUCGCUGGGCCAUCAUGAAGCAUGUGGCAAAGGGUGGCAUAGGAGAGUCGGCGUACCAUGUGCACUUCAAUCGCUGGGCCAUCAUGAAGGCGCCACUCCUGCCGGCCUGCGCACUCUCUGCUACAUCGGAACCAGCCAUGAGCAUACUCAGCACAGACGAGGCUAUUGCCCUCAACCAAGUCGUAGCUUAUCGGUAUGACAGCAACGCGACGGUGUAUCGUGUUUCCUCACUCGGUCGCCCUGGCAUCGCCCUUCCUCAAACAUCACAUUUGGCCCUAUCGCCUUCUGCGUACCCUACGCGCACGCCCACGCUUCCCCCCACCCUUUCCCUCACCGUCGCUCACGCUUCCCCUUUACCGUCGCUCACGCUUCCCCUUACCGCCGCAUGCGCUGCCUCCUGCUCCGUGGGUGCACCCACGCUUCCCCACACCAUCGCGCACGCCUUCCCCCACAUUCACACACGCUCAUCGCCCACGCUUCUUCUGACCGUCACCCCCGCUUCAGCCCACCGUCACCGACGCUUCCUCUUACCGUCGCCCACGCUUCCUCUUACCGGCCCACGCUCCCUCUUACCGUCGCCCACGCUUCCUCCCACCGUCGCCCACGCUUCCUCCCCGUCGCCCACGCUUCCCCCCACCGUCGCCAACGCUUUUCCCCACCGUCGCCAACGCUUUUCCCCACCGUCGCCAACGCUUAACCCCACCGUCGCCCACGCUUCCCCCCACCGUCACCCACGCUUCCCCCCACCGUCGCCCACGCUUCCCCCCACCGUCGCCCACGCUUCCCCUGCCAUCGCCCUCCCUGUCGCCCAGGAAUCCCCCCUCCCGCCGGCCUCCCUCCCCUCCCGCGAAAAAUCCCCCCGUCCUCUCAUUACCCCGGCCUCUCCUCCCCCUGUCCCCUGUCCUCUCGUCCCCCUCGUCGUCUCGUCCCCCCGUCCUCUCAUCCCCUCGUCCUCUCAUCCCCUCGUCCUCUCAUCCCCUCGUCCUCUCAUCCCCUCGUCCUCUCAUCCCCUCGUCCUCUCAUCCCCUCGUCCUCUCAUCCCCUCGUCCUCUCAUCCCCUCGUCCUCUCAUCCCCUCGUCCUCUCAUCCCCUCGUCCUCUCAUCCCCCCAUCACGCUCGUCCCCUCGCAAACCCCGUCUCCCUAUCUCCCUGUCCCCCUCGUUCUUUCCCCGUAUCCCCAGCCCUGCUUCCCCCAAUCCCCUUCCUUGCUUCCCCCCAUCCCCUUCCCUGCUUCCCUCCAUCCCUCUCCCUGCUUCCCCCCAUCCCCCUCCCUGCUUCUCCCCAUCCCCUUCUGUGCUUCCCCCCAUCCCCUUCCCUGCUUCCCCCCAUCCCCCUCCCUGCUUCACCCCAUCCCCCUCCCUGCUUCUCCCCAUCCCCUUCCCUGCUUCCCCCCAUCCCCCUCCCUGCUUCCCUCCAUCCCCCUCCCUGCUUCACCCCAUCCCCUUCCCUGCUUCCCCCCAUCCCCCUCCCUCCUUCCCCCCACCCUCUGCCCUGUUCCCAACUGCCCUCCCCAUCCCUGCCUUUCCCUCCCUGCCCUGCCUUUCCCUUCCCCAUCCCUUCUCAACCCUUCCCUUCCUUUUCAUGCCCUCCCCUUCUCCCCCACUCCUCGCCUUCCGCGCUCUAGUUUCCAUGCAUGUGCACCCAUCACUGUCUCACCAUACAUGCUUUCAUCAUGUGCCCUUGUCGUUGCCGUUGUUACCUUGACGCCCACACCACCUCCCCCAUAUGCCUUCACACAAUUCUUUCUGCCUACUCCACUCCCCUAUUUUUCAGUGGUGAAGCAGAGGAGCAACAGUUGCUAG